AUGGGCCGCAAGGCAGUUGGUGGAACGGUGGAUAUCACUCCAAAGGAGAUUACAAUGAUCUUCCGAUGGUCUAACUAUAGGUUUUGGCGGAGAGCAUUGCUGAGGUGGAACACCAAUCCCGACGUGACGAUCUGGCGUAGGGCUGAGAAGGUGCUCAAGAUUUUGGAUUGGGAUCUUGAAGCCAAGUUGGAUCACGUGUCGGAAGCGACGCUAGUAAGCCCAGCCUACAUCACGGAGGUCUUGGGCGUUUUGGAUGUUCUGGCCGGAGAAAAAGAGGAUUCUGAGAGAAGAAGGGCAGAGAUUAAAGGCAUUUUGCUGGAAAAGCAGUUAGGACUCUCCAGGCAGAGCAUGCAGAGUCUUAGGGUGUUGACCAAGGGACAACAUUCCUACUCCGAGGUGAAGAAAGUUCUGCAGGUUCUGGACCUUGACGAAGAGAGCAUCAUCAAGCCGGGGAAGGUCAGCUACUAUGGAGACCUCACGGAAAACGAGGACACAGACUCCGAGGUCGAUGACGAGGUGAUCUUCAAUGCCCUUGAGUACAACGAGGUGCGAGAAGAGGAAGCCGUGUCGUUAAUGGCUGAUCUUCAACAAGAUCGACGGCGAACGUGGAAAGAAAACAAGCUGCUGAAGGCCGCCAGAAAGAAAGACCGUAGACACUUUGACGACAAGUCCUCGAGGCCGUCUAAGCCUUUUCACAAGAGACGGUUGUCGACCGAAGAGAUCAAGAAGGUGACUUUCUGUGGCAACUGCGGUAAGAAGGGUCAUUGGAGAGAAGAUUGCACCGAGCCCAGCAAGGAUGGUUCCAGAGCGUCCAGAGACAAGAAUCCCAAGGCGACGGAUCAGGCAUGUUUCCUGGAGCUGUCUCCCGGGGAAACCAUAAUCGAUCCUGGUGCUUCACAGGAUCUGGUGGGACUUCGCAGCUUUGAGAAGCUCCAGGCCAAGCUGAAGGAGAAUGGCUUGAAGACGAUCAAACUGCAAGAAACGCCCUCGAAGGCGUCGGGAGUGGGAGGAGCUGCCAUGACCCUGUUCAUGGCGCUUGCACCCUGCAUCCUGGGGGGGCAACCAGGUGUUAUCAAGCUCACCGUUGUGGAAGACGACAUUCCUCAGCUGCUGUCCAUCGGCCUUUUGGAACAUGGACAUGCGGUGAUUGACACCAAAGAGGACAAGAUCCAUUUUAAGCGGUUUGACACCAUGGCCAAGAUGUGGCGCCUCCCUUCGGGUCAUCGAACACUGGCUGUAGCAGAGUGGGAUGGUAGUGAUUUUCCAGUGCCUCCGCAAGUGACGGAGAAGUAUGGCCUGCCAGCAGGUGCUUGCAACCUGCACUCGAGCGAUCGUGAGGUAUACAUGACGAGCGUGUCCGAUGCAGAGUUCUAUCAAUUCUUUUGUCUAGCAGGUGUAAGCAAGCCACAGGGCGUGCUCAACACCCGUGUGAAGAAAUCAAGGAUCCGCUCAGAGCAGGAUCGGGAAACUUUGGAGAAUCACUGGUUUCACUUCACGAGAAAGCUGCUCAUGGUAAACGGCGGUCCAGCCGCACUGAGGAAUUUGAACAAGAGCGCAUACCCCGGGGACUUCACCACGUCUCGUCCGGGACCCUCACAGGGAAUGAUUCCCUCUUCGGACAAGGUGCAGCAGGCUUGCACCCAUCCGAAAGAAUACCAGACGAGGGGAGCCAAUCAACACGGCACCUGGACCCGAUGCAGUCUGUGUCAAACCAAAACGGGCUAUCAGAAAUAUGGUCCGGACAACCCACCUCCGGCGGCCAGAAAGACGAAGGGUGCCGUGGUCGAGACCUAUGUGGCCUCGGAAGCAAUGGGCACCACCAGGGUGCCGAUGGGGGCGAGCAGUUCAGAAUCUCCUCAGCCCCUCACGCCAGACUUGGAGACGGCUUUCAGAGGACAGAAUCAACAGCUCGUGCAGAGCACGGCGGCGGUGAUGGCCCAAGUGAUGACGCCAGUGGUGGAGGGAUUUCAUCAAGCCCUUCGCUACCAAGCGGAAGAAUCCCAGAGAGCUCAGGAAAGGCAGGAGACUCAGAUGCAGCAAUCCUUUCUGGCCCUUCAGAGGAUUAUGCAGCAGACGGAUCCAGCUCGCCAGCCAGGGGCUGCCUUUCCUGCCCUUCCUCCGGAGGAAUUGCAUCGUCUUCUAGCUCAGGGAUUUGCGAUGGCCAAUCAUCAUCCGCUGCCGGAAGACGAGGAAUGGGAUGCUGAUGGAACCUUUAAGUGUACAGAUUCCAGCUCUAUGCAAUGGAUGGUAGUGUCUCGAAAUGAGACGUCAAGACGAUUCUUAAGCCAAAGGGAGAAUCUUGUUUGCUUCACUGGAGUGCAGAGGGCUUUAGGAGGCGAGACUCGUGAAGUGUUUGUUUUCUUCGAUGAGGAGUUAAUUGAUGAGGUGAUUUGUAGUGAAUUUCCCGAAGGCAGAGAAUCUCACCUUUUUAAGCGGCAGAAGAGAGCACUGUUGAAUUCAAAAGAGAGUCUUUCGAAAUCCCCCGAAUUCAGUGAUGAGCCAAAGAGCUCUGUGGUAGAAGUGAACCAAGAGUGGUCACAAGAACAAAACGCAGAGCCGGAGAGCCUUUCAAGAAAUGAAGAAGAGCCUGAUGGCCAGUCAAGAACAAAGAAAGAGCCUGUGAGCCAAUCAAGACAAGCUAAAGAAACUGUUCGCCGCUUGGCAGAACAAAAGUGUCUCACUCGACCCGUUCGCUUCGAUCGAAACGUCACACCUAGCUCGCAAGAGCUUAGCGCCCUGGGGGUAGUCAACGUUCGAAAGUGUCGCCAUGGAGAUUUGGAGAAGAGAACGACCUCGGGUCUCAAAGUGAUGGAACUUUUCUCUCCUCCAAGAAUCACACAGGAAGCAGCUCAAGCAGGACUUCAAGUCACUGAGCCAUCCAACUUCGACUUGAAGCUAGGCUGGAACGCACUGUGUCCAGAAGAUCGAAAGAAGAUGUGGAAGACCAUUGAAGAACAAGAGCCAGAUGUCAUCCUCAUGAGUCCCGACUGCAAGAUGUUCAGUCAGCUGAUGAAUGUGAACUUGAAGCGCAUUCCAGUCGAGAGGCCCACUCGUCAGCAGAUGGAGGCUCUGGUGAUGUGGCAUCUUUGUUUGCAGGUGGCCGAACACCAGAUGAAGAAAGGUCGCUAUUUCAUCCUGGAGCAGCCGGCUGGAGCUUCAUCCUGGUCGACGCACGGAAGCAAGUGGCUGAUGGAGAAUGAAGAGGUCCUUUUCUUUUUCUUUGACCAGUGUGAGCUAGGACUUCAGGUGAGCCCAGAGGGUCUUUCGCGAAAGACGACCGCCCUGGCCACGAACCAUUUGGGAGUGGCAGCAGUCAUGUCGCAGUACCAGUGCCGGAAAUCGCAUGAGCAUGUUCGACUGGAAAAUGGGCUUCCAAAGAAGGCUCAAAUAUAUCCCUCAGACAUGGUCAGGUCAUUGAUUCAGGGUAUUCUCCUGGGUACCAGUGAAUUCGUUGGCGCCACUCACGUCGACGAUGUGAUAGAUGAGGACGAGGAAGAAGAAGACGACAAGGAAACCUCCGAGCAGAAAGAAGAGCUCAUGAGCCACAUGUCUGAGGCCGGCAUUGAUUUCUUCGAGAUUUCCGGUUCUGAAGCUUGUCUCAUGGCCAAGCCUUACAAGAGCAAAUCUCAAGAGUUCAACAUGAAGGAGGCUACACCAGAAGAGAAAGAAGGUUUCGUUUUGGCAAAAUGGAGUAUGACGAGGCUGACUUUGCCGGGCGACAUGUCAAGAUACAGCCGGGCCGAAUUGAAAUGA